AUGAUUUCCUUCCUCUCCUGGUGUACCGGGUCCCACCGAAAAUCAAAUACAGGAAAACAAGCACAUGUCGAUCUUCCACGUGCAUGGGAAGCCCCAGAAAAUGCACUAAUUUUUCAAGCAUUCGAAUGGCAUGUACCUGCCGAUCAAUGCCAUUGGAAUCGCUUGCGAUGUGCGCUUCCAGACCUCAAAAGCCUCGGGGUUAAUCAAAUAUGGGUUCCGCCCGGAUGCAAAGGGAUGGAUCCCGCCGGCAAUGGGUAUGACAUUUAUGACCUUUUCGAUCUUGGGGAGUUUGAUCAGAAGGGAGCUAUCUCCACAAAAUGGGGUAGUAAGAAGGAACUAGUGGAGUUCACGCGUGAGGCGCGUGAACUAGGAAUUGGGAUUAUUUGGGAUGCUGUUCUUAAUCAUAAGGCUGGUGCGGACUUUCCGGAGCAGUUCGAGGCGGUUCAAGUACAUCCGAAAGAGAGGAAUGUUGAGGUAUCUGAGCCAUUGAAAAUAGAUGGCUGGGUAGGCUUUGACUUUGCUGGUCGUGGUGAAUCUUACAGUUCCAUGAAAUACCGCUGGCAACAUUUCAGUGGCGUUGACUGGGACGAUAGGAGCAAACAGCAGGCCAUCUACAAGAUUUCAGCGCCUGGGAAGGGAUGGGCGUCAGACGUUUCGACGGAACUUGGGAAUUAUGACUACCUGAUGUUUGCUAAUCUGGAUCAUUCUCACCCCGAAGUCCGGCAAGAUCUCCUCAACUGGGGAACAUGGAUUACCGAUGAACUAUCCCUCAGUGGAAUGAGGCUGGACGCCGCAAAGCAUAUCUCCGCUGGAUUUCAAAAAGAGUUUGUGGCUCACGUUCAACAGACGGCCAACCCAGAAUUUUUCGUUAUUGGCGAGUAUUGGACUGGAAACCUUUCAGAGCUCCUUGAUUAUCUCAAUAAGCUGGGGCACACAGUUGCAGCUUACGAUGUGCCUCUUCUUGAUAAAUUCUCAAGAUUAUCCCAUCAGCGGGCUGCUGACCUCCGUGGUAUCUUUGAAAAUACGCUGGUGCAAUGCAGGCCAGAUCAUGCCGUGACGAUCGUGUCAAACCACGAUACGACCCCAGUCGCCGCAGAAUUCAAACUCAUAUCAUAUGCACUAAUCCUACUCCGAAAAGGGGGCUUCCCUUGCUUAUUCUAUGGUGAUGUAUACGGGAUCCGAGCCAACGUGACAGCUCCGAUGACACCCGCCUGCAACGGAAAACUGCCCAUGCUCGUCAAAGCACGAAAGCUCUAUGCGACUGGAGAACAGAAAGACUACUUCGACCAACCAAACUGCAUUGGAUUCGUCCGUACUGGUGUUCCCGGAGGUUCUUCCGGGCUUGCCUGUAUCAUCAGUAAUGCAGGACCUAGCCGUAAGCGGAUGUUUAUUGGGCGAAAUAAUACGGGACAGACGUGGAUUGAUGUAUUAGGGAACCAUUCUGCGUCUGUUGUCAUUGAUUGGUGGGGUUAUGGUGCUUUCCCCGUCGGCGCAAUGAGCGUUAGCGUCUGGGUCGACUCUGCUGCGGUCGAUCGAGAGAAUUUCCUAAAAGAGUAUAACGUGAAGAUUUACGAGUAA